AUGUCGACAAAUAACAAGACCGUCAAGCUCCAAUGCCUUGAACGGCAUUAUAUUAAAGAUAAUUCUAGUGCGACUUUUGGCGUCCCUUGGUCCCGUGGAAAGUAUUGGCCUGACAGAACAACCUUCACUUGUUCUAGCCAUAGGAAUAGAUCCAUUGCUUUGCAAUCAUGGGUAAUCGCGUACUGGCCAGAUGGGUCAAUCAAAUGGACAGCGCAUGCCUUUGCGGCUGAUACCGACGUGGCUGACAGCUAUUCCGUGGAAGCAAUCCCAACGACGCCUAAGCAUCUCGAGCCUAUUAACGUAGGUAUUUCGAUAAAAAGGGAUACCUGUUCAGACCUUAUAGAAGUUGACACGGGCAAGGUCCGCGUGGUCUUUCCUACCACCGGUUCAGAAAUAAUCAAGAGUAUCGUCCUGAGUAAUGGGACGACAAUCGGCCAAAAUGGCCGACUGAUAAUGCUCUCAAAAGCAUUGCUUCCGACGGAGACAGAUAAAUCAGAUAACAGCCAGUUUCUGAGCAGCAUUGAAAGCGUAAAUAUUGACCAGGGAGGCCCCAUAAGGGCUCUAUUGACUGUACGCGGAAAACACUGGGCGGUUGAAAUUGGCGGCCGCUCACAAGCACCAUGGCUCCCUUUCAUUCUGCGGUUCUACCUGUACUACAAUUCAGAUUCCAUCCGGAUCGUCCAUACAAUCACGUAUGAUGGAGACGCACAAACAAGCUUCAUCGAGGGAAUCGGUAUCCAGUUUGAUGUUCCGUUGAAAGAUGAGCUGCCUUAUAACCGGCACAUCCGUUUUGCUGGUGUUGGUGAUGGCAUUUUUGGGGAGGCUGUACAGGGUGUUACCGGCCUUCGCAGAGAUCCAGGGUCAAGUGUCCGUACAGCUCAGAUUAACGGCGAACCUCUUCCUCCUAUGGAUACCUGGAAUGACGAGGUUGGAAGAUAUAUUAAAUGGGUGCCGUGCUGGAACGAUUACAGUAUUUCCCAACUAUCGCCAGACGGAUAUACUAUGAAGAAAAGAACUGCAGCAGGACACAGCUGGGUCAAUAUUCCUGGCGGCACUCAAGCUGGCGGGCUUGCAUACCUUGGCAGUGCAACUCGAGGAGGCUUAGGGCUGGGAAUGCGUUAUUUCUGGGAACGAUACCCGACCGGCUUGGAUGUUCGAAAUGCUAACGAGGCCACUGGAGAAAUCACGCUGUGGUUGUACAGCCCAUCCGCAGAAGCAAUGGAUCUUCGACCGUACCAUGACGGGCUGGGACAAGAAACCUAUGAUGAUGAGCUUGAUGCCCUGCGUAUCACAUAUGAAGAUUGGGAACAUGGGACAGGAACGCCUUUCGGCAUUGCACGGACGAAUGAAAUCUUUCUUUUUGCCUUUGACCAUACCCCCACUUCCGCAGAGCUAAGCAGUUCGGUACAGUAUAUGCGGAACCCACCCGUGGUGAUUCCAGAUCCUGAGUAUAUCUUACAAACAGGCGCAUUAGGCACAUUUUGGUCAAGGAGAGACUCCACGGAGACUGCCACCCCUGCAGAAGCGGAAAUCAACCGAAACCUUGACUUUCUCUUCGAAUUUUACAUGACACAGAUAUCUCAGCGCCGAUGGUACGGCUUCUGGGAUCAUGGAGACAUCAUGCACACUUACGAUGGAGACCGUCACUCCUGGUGCUAUGAUAUCGGAGGUUAUGCAUGGGACAACUCCGAGCUCUCUCCAGACUUGUUCUUCUGGCUAUAUUUCUUGCAGACGAGCAGAGAGGACGUAUACCGCCUGGCUGAAGCCCUUACUAGGCACACAGGGGAGGUGGAUGUGUACCAUAUCGGACGGUGGAAAGGGCUUGGGACCCGACACGGAGUCCAGCAUUGGAGCGAUAGUUGCAAGCAAUCUCGCAUUUCGAAUGCCAUGUAUAGGUGGAUUUUCUUUUACCUCACAGGAGGCGAUGAGCGGACUGGCGAGCUGCUAGACGAGACACGGUGUGCAGAAAAGACAUUCUUAGCUCUAGAUCCAUACCGUAAGGUGCGACGGGAUAUAACAUCAUACAAACCUGCCGCUGAAGCUGUAUCCAUCUCUUUGGGAACCGAUUGGUCAGCUUUUGCAGCAGCGUGGUUCAUCGCCUGGGAGAGACGAGCACCUGGUUGGGAGGAGGCGAAAAGCAAGCUGUUCUCGUCUAUGGCGGGGAUCUCCCAGCUUCACAAUGGCUUCGUGACUGGAAUGGCUCUUUACAACACCCAAACAGGACAAAUCCAUCCUCCGUCUCACGAUUCGUCAAACCACGGAGUGGUCCAAGUAUCCCAUCUUUCCGCCAUGUUCGGUCUGUUUGAGAUCUGCGCGGUGCUUAUUGACACCCUAGCAAGUGACUUACCGAGGGGCUUUGAGAAAGCAUGGGUGGAUUAUUGUCUCCAUUUCAAUGCCACCGCAGAAGGUCAGGUACAGCGGUACGGAGUAAGCUUUGGAAAUCUGAUAUUGCGCCAGGGACAUUCUCGUUUGACGGCAUAUGCGGCCAAGAACCUUGAAGACUCGGGCUUAGGGCAACGUUCAUGGAAGGAGUUCUAUAAUGGCGAUGGCUAUGCGCCAGAUUUGCCAUGGGUCAGCCAGUUGGUAACCGGAUGUCUCGUCCCAGUAAAUGUUGAAGAGGCAAAUUGGAUUUCAACUAAUAUCUCGUCGCUCUAUGGUCUGGCAGCGAUCCAGAAUCUUUCUUUGGUAAGAAAAGCUUUAUCUUCGCACUAA